AAUCCCAGCUUAUUUUAUUAAUUUUCCAUUUCACAAAAAUAGAGGACCAAAAUUUAUUUAUACACGAUAAAGCAGUAAAGCAGCAGCAACACUUGUGCCGCCGUUAUCAACUGCCGCUACACAUCUCAUUCCUCAGGCACUAUUUUGUUUAGGCUUCUCCGUUGGGACAGUAUUAAUUUUGUGACAUGCCGUAUCUGGUGCGUGAGAAUUUAUUUAUUGGCAACAUCAAUGAUGCUGCAAAGAUACUCCAGGAGGGUAGUGGCGAAGUUACUCAUAUUUUAUCAGUUCUAAGCUCUGCCUCCAUUUCAUUCUUCUCUGAGUGGCGUAGUGGUCUGUCGAUACCCACUAAAGAAAUGCGCAAGGUAUAUUUUGGAGAUGCAGAUUCUGAUGUGUAUGCAGGCAACAAUCCGGGGACUUUGCAAUCAUCAGAAAAGCUUAUUUAUUUGCUGGAGUAUGCUGGUAAGGAUUUAAAAUUAGUGAGGAUGGCGGUGCCUCUAAGGGAUAUGGAGAGAGAGAAUUUGCUUGAUUAUUUGGAUGCAUGCUUAAAUUUUAUUGAUGAAAGUAGGAAACAGGGGUCAAUCUUGGUCCACUGCUUUGCUGGUGUGUCAAGAAGUGCGGCCAUCAUCACAGCAUACCUGAUGAGAACUGAACGACUAUCUGCUGAAGAUGCAGUUGAUUCCUUGAGAGAAAGCUGUGAGUCUGUUUGUCCCAAUGAUGGUUUCAUGGAUCAGUUGAAAAUGUUUGAAGACAUGGGUUUCAAGGUUGACCACAAUAGCUCUAUAUACAAACGCUUCCAUUUAACUCAAUUGGGUGAUUCUUAUAAUCGUGGAGAAAGAAUUGAUAGUUCAAAACUUGGACCUGAUCCUGGCCUGUCAACAGAAGACACCUCUUCUGAGAGUGGGUCAUCUGUGAACAAAGCACUGACUUCUACUGCUGCAUACAGCUGCAAAAAGUGCAGAAGGCUUCUUGCAUUGCAGAGUAAUGUUCUGGACCAUGCUCCUGGAGAGGGUGAGACUUCAUUCGACUGGUCUAAAAGGAGAAGUGGCAACCCUUUCAACAAAUAUGAUGAUCUUGAUUGCUCAUCACUCUUUGUUGAGCCUCUCCGUUGGAUGAAAAUAGUUGAGGAAGGUGGAGUGGAGGGCAAGCUGUCAUGUGCAAAAUGUGAUGCUCGUUUGGGAUAUUUCAACUGGUCAGGCAUCCAAUGCAACUGUGGGUCCUGGAUCACCCCAGCCUUCCAGCUUCAUAAAAGUAAAGUCGAUAUUAGCACCCUCUAAGUUGUGCCAUGGCAUUAGAGGUGUACAAGUGUACAACCCACGAAAGGUUGUUUGACAAUCCUGGAGGCUUGCCCACAUACAAAUUCUUUUAUACUGUGGUACCAUUUCAUGAUUUUGGUAUCAUUGAAACACCCUAUAUAAUUUAGACAUACAAGUACAAAAGAAGUGGACAAUUUUGAGUACAUUUUUGUUGUUUGUCUGGUUUCACCAAAUACCUUUGAAUAUUAUAAGCUGCAAACCAGAAUGUCGUGCUAAUAUUCCGGUAAAGUGGUGAUGAUAUUACGGUCUGCCCCGUGAUUGUAGUAGGUUUCUGUUCUGAUAUUGCUAUAGCAAUCGGCUAUUUGGGCUGACAAAUGAUCUCUGUGUAUUCAUAUAAAUUGAGGCUUAUGAGGCAACAUUUUCGCUUGUCACUUUCGUGGAAUGGAAUGUGAAAAGCACAGUUUAAUAUUAA